GCUGGCACGUUUUCCGGCGUUUCGCAAUGUUUGCACUUUUCAGCAUUUCCUGAUUGCACAAGUGGUGACAAGCCCAGCAGCUUUCGAUUAAUGAGUAAACUGUAAUGCGAAGUCUGUAUGACGUUGUCGUAUUUUUUUGCCAUUAAAGAACUUUGAUCUAUUUUUCGUCUCGAUAUUACUGCGCAAAGUUCCUAUUAGUAUAUUAAUCACAUCUCCGUCAGUUCCGGCCGUCGACCCCGCGCACAUCGCUCCCAAAACGCCUGCCAGUGCCUCCCACCAUGGCUCUAACAGGAAGCCUGGUCUUUGCUGUCCUCUCCGCUGCACUCUCCUCCUUCCUCUUCGGCUACAACGUGGGCGUCAUCAAUGCCCCACAGGUGGUGGUGGCCCAGUGGAUCCGCAGUAUCCGCUGCAGUCGUCUGGAUCAUGGCAAUGCCACGCAGGAGGACGAGUGGUGUCGGGCCUAUCCCGACAACGCCACCUUCGCCGACCUGACGAAACACAACUCGGAACUCAGCACCAUCUGGUCCCUGGUGUCGUCCAUCUUCUGCCUGGGGGCGUUGAUCGGAGCGCUGGCGGCCAACUUUUUUGUGGCGCGAUUCGGGCGGAAAGGGACGAUGCUGUUGAAUAACGUCACGGCGCUGGUUGGAUCGGUGUGCAUGCUGGUGCCGUAUUACGUGGGAUCGUAUGAGUUGCUGAUUGUGGGACGAUUUAUCAUUGGAAUGAAUGCUGGUUUCAACUCCGGCGUCCCGCCGAUGUACUUAACCGAAAUCGCCCCGUCGGAUCUGCGCGGCGCACUGGGCACCGUCCAUCAGUUGGUCAUCGUCGUCGGCGUGUUCAUUUCUAACAUUCUGGGCCUGCCACAGCUGCUGGGCGACGCCUACCGUUGGCCGUACCUGCUGGCGUUCAGCGUGGUCCCUGCCGCUCUGCAGGUGGUCACUCUCUUCUUCUGUCCGGAGUCUCCGCGCCACCUCUAUCUGAACCGCCAUGAGCCGGACCAGGCCAAGAAAGCUCUCGAGUUUUUCCAGGGAUCAGCGGAUGUGGCGUACGAAUUAGAGCAAAUGGAAGAGGAGCAUCUGGCCUCCAAGGAUAUGCCCACUGUCACCAUUCCCGAGUUGUUCCGCGAUCGAUUUCUGCGGAAGAUCAUCAUCAUCUGCAUCAUGGUCAUGCUGAGCCAACAGUUCUCCGGUAUCAACGCGGUGAUGUUCUAUUCAACCAGCAUCUUCUCCAGCUGCGGCAUGCACGGCAUCUACGCCCUGUACGCCACCAUCGGCAUGGGCGCCAUCUUCGUGGUCGCCACCGGUGUCUCCAUGGUGGUCGUGGAAAAAGCCGGUCGCAAGAUCCUUCUGCUGAUUGGCUUGGGUGGAAUGCUGGUCAUGACGAUCCUCCUCGUUGUCUUCAUGCGGCUGAUGGAUUCGGGGUACGAAUGGGCCUCGUAUCUAGCGGUGAUCUCGGUGAUGCUGUACAUUAUCCUGUUCGCCAUCGGUCCCGGACCCAUCCCGUGGUUUAUCGCCAGCGAACUGUUCACGCAAGGUCCGCGUGCGCCGGCUAUGAGCGUGGUGGCCGGGGUCAACUGGUCCAGUGCCCUUUUCAUCACCCUGACCUUUCCCAUGAUUGUCAACGUGGCCAAGGAGUACACGUUCCUCAUCUUCACGGGAUUCCUGGUGGGCUUUGUGGUGUACACGUACCUCAAAGUGCCGGAGACGAAAGGCAAGCGGGUGGAUGAGAUACAAGCGGAGAUGCGACAGAGCUUGUAAAAAACGGUGGAAUUAGGCAUACUCCGGUUACCGCGGCUUUUCCGCUGGUGAAUGCCUAUUUUUUGGCCUUUUUGUACUGCUUUCCCUGUCAGUUUAUUCCGGUCCCGAUCAACAUUCGUUUUUGUACUGUUAGUUAAAACGACCGUCCUGAUUUGCUUGCGAGGUUAUUUUUUUGUAACAGAAUUUUGUUGUUAUCAAUGUUACUUGUUAAGCCUUUAUGUUGUUAAUUUUUCUCCUUGAAAGUUUAAGCGAUAUUUAGCAUGUUUCGAGGUAAAAUGAAACUUCUCUGAUCUUUCA